AGGUUAUUCGCGAGGAAAACAGUUAAAUAAAAAGAUCUCAAAAGGAAAAAGAACAAGAACAAGAACAAGACAAAUAAUAAUCUUUUUCGAGUAGGAUUUGUCCGGGUAGCGUAGAGUCCAACGAAGUCCAGAAUAAAAAAAGGACAGAAACCAAAUUAAAAAACAGAUCGGACGGUGUAAGUUUCAUAGGCAUGUAAUGACGUCGACUGCCUUGCAACAGAGUCCCAGUUAGUUUUAUUAGCGAAUUCUGAAGAUGGGGUUAAGUUUGGUAUCAGUUAUGAAAUUGGGGCUGAGAUCAGGACCUGAUGAAGCUCAUAUAGAUUCUAUUACUUUAUUUGUGGCUCUUCUUUGUGCUUGCAUUUUGAUUGGCCAUCUUUUUGAGAAGAAUCGAUGGAUGAACGAAUCAAUUACUGCCCUUGUCAUUGGUCUGUGUACUGGGGUUAUAAUCCUGCUAGCUACUGAAGGAAAAAGCUCACACCUUUUUCAAUUUAGUGAAGAGCUUUUUUUUAUAUAUGUUCUUCCACCUAUCAUUUUCAAUGCUGGGUUCCAGGUAAAAAAGAAGCAGUUUUUUCGAAACUUUAUCACAAUCAUGUUAUUUGGUGUUGUUGGGACUCUGAUAUCCUUCAUCAUCAUAUCACUGGGUGCAGUGCAGUUAUUCAAGACAUUAGGUAUUGAUUUCUUGGAUACAAUGGAUUAUCUAGCACUGGGAGCAAUAUUUUCUGCCACAGAUUCUGUUUGCACCUUGCAGGUGCUCAAUCAGGAAGAAACACCUUUGCUGUACAGUCUAGUUUUUGGGGAGGGUGUGGUAAAUGAUGCCACAUCUGUUGUACUUUUCAAUGCAAUCCAGGGAUUUGACCUCUCUCACAUCACCUCAAGCAUUGCUUUGGAGCUGUUUGGUCAAUUCAUAUAUUUGUUUGCUACUAGUACAUUCCUUGGGGUGGCGGUUGGAUUAAUAUGUGCAUUUAUCAUAAAGAAGUUGUACUUUGGCAGGCACUCUACUGAUCGUGAAGUUGCCCUGAUGGUUCUCAUGGCUUAUCUUUCCUAUAUCAUGGCUGAACUGUUCAAUUUAAGUGCCAUUCUUACUGUGUUCUUCUGUGGGAUUGCCAUGUCGCACUACACCUGGCAUAAUGUGACUGAAAGUUCAAGAGUAACGACCAAGCAUGCUUUUGCUACAAUGUCAUUUAUUGCAGAAAUCUUCAUCUUCCUAUAUGUUGGCAUGGAUGCCUUGGACAUGGAGAAAUGGAAAUUUGUGAGCAAGAGUCCUGGCACAUCAGUAGGUGUGAGUUCAAUACUUCUUGGGUUAAUUCUGGUCGGAAGAGCUGCUUUUAUAUUUCCUUUGUCUUUUAUAUCCAAUUUGAAAAGGAAUUCUCAAAGUGACAGAAUUGGACUAAAGCAGCAGGUUGUGAUAUGGUGGGCAGGGCUCAUGCGAGGAGCUGUAUCAAUGGCACUUGCUUAUAAUAAGUUUACCAAGUUGGGGCAUACUCAACUGCCAGGAAAUGCGAUCCUGAUAACCAGCACCAUUACAGUUGUUCUUUUUAGCACUGUGGUAUUCGGAUUAGUGACCAAGCCUCUGAUAAGGCUGUUGUUGCCAAGGAAAUAUUUGAGCAGCUUAUUACCCUCUGAUCUGGCAACUUCAACCGACUUCAAAUCUCUUGCUUCACCUCUUCUAUCCAAUGGCAAUGGAAAAGAUCAAGAGUUUGAUAUUCCCCGGCCGACGAGUCUACGAAUGCUCUUGACAACUCCGACGAAUGCCGUCCAUUACUAUUGGCGAAAAUUUGAUGACACCAUAAUGCGUCCUGUGUUUGGUGGCAGAGGAUUUAUGCCAUACGUCCCUGGCUCACCAACAGGGAAUACUCUUCUUUGAUAUUUACAAAUAUACUGCAUACAGCAAAGCAUAGUUUCCAAGUAGGAUUUUAAGGAUCAUGUGUAAAUAGUUGAGAAGAGAAAUAUAUAUCUAAUACUUAAAAAUCGUUUUCAUCC